GAGAGGCGAAGGGAAGAGGACUUUGCGCGUCUUGUUGUGCGUCCGUGGACCAAACAGUAGCAGCAGCGGCGGUGCGUCUUUUCCUCCUCCAGACCCGCAGGCAUCCCGGGAGCAGCAUUGCAUGCCUCGGAGGAGGAGGAUACAGCGUUUUCUCUCCCUCUUUAUUCUCCUUUUGACGGACUGAGACGCAUAUUUGGUGCUUUUUUCCUGAUGAGAACCGACACUGAGUGGCCGGAGACAUGUGGACUAAUCCGGGGAAAGUGAAUCGCUUCUCGCUAGUGUGUUUUCUUCUCACAUUGUGGGUCGAGGUGUCUCAGUCCACGGGUUACUUUGAGCUGCAGCUGAUUUCGCUGGAGAACCCCAGAGGUCAGCUACUAAGCGGCGACUGCUGCGACGCGGAGAAGAGUGCGGCUGACGGUCAAUGCGGCGCGGAUGAGUGCGACACCUACUUCAGAGUGUGCUUAAAGGAAUAUCAAACGGAGGUGACGACCAGCGGAGCGUGCACCUACGGCUCGGAAACUACUAAGGUUAUCGGUGGGAAUACUUUUCAGUUCAGAGGCGGCCAGAAAUCCGGACAGAAUCGGAACAGCGAUGUAGGGAAGAUCAUCAUCCCCUUCCAGUUUGCGUGGCCGCGAGCGUUCACUGUGAUAGUGGAGGCGUGGGACAGGGACAAUGGUACACACAGCAAUGAUGAUGAGCUGCUGAUUGAGCGUUGCAUCUACAAAGGAAUGAUCAACCCUGGAGAGGAGAAGCAAAUGCUUGAGUAUAAAAGUAUGAUUGCUAGCUUUGAGUACACUAUCCGUGUACGCUGUGACGAACACUACUACGGCAGCAAAUGCAACAAAGUGUGCCGCCCCCGCGAUGAUUACUUUGGCCAUUAUGUCUGUGACCAGUUUGGAAACAGAGAAUGUAUGGAAGGAUGGGCGGGAGCGAACUGCAUAACAGCUAUCUGCAAACAAGGAUGCAGCCAUGGGACUUGCGACAAGCCAGGGGAAUGCAAGUGUAACUAUGGCUGGCAGGGCCUGCUGUGUGAUGAGUGCUUGCCAUAUCCCGGCUGCGUCCACGGUACCUGCAAUGAGCCGUGGCAGUGCAGCUGUGAGAAGAACUGGGGAGGCCUUCUUUGUGAUAAAGAUCUGAACUACUGUGGGACCAAUCGGCCCUGUAAGAAUGGAGGAACAUGUAUGAACACAGAACCAGAUGAAUACAACUGCGCUUGUCCGGACAGCUAUUCUGGCAAGAACUGUGAGAUUGCGGAGCAUGCCUGUGUGUCUAACCCCUGCGCCAACGGAGGGACGUGCCAUGAAGUCCCUUCGGGGUUUGAGUGUCACUGUCCUGCUGGCUGGUCUGGGCCAACCUGUGCUAAAGACACAGAUGAAUGCGCCUCCAGCCCCUGCGCUCAGGGCGGGACCUGCAUCGACAUGGAGAAUGGCUUCGAAUGCCUCUGCUUACCACAGUGGACAGGCAAGACCUGCCAGAUUGACGUUAAUGAGUGUGCGGGGAAGCCUUGCCUCAAUGCUUACUCUUGCAAAAACUUGAUUGGUGGAUAUCACUGUGCCUGCUUUCGUGGAUGGGUGGGCCAGAACUGUGACAUCAAUAUGAACAGCUGCCACGGACAGUGUCAGAACGGGGGGACCUGCAAGGACAUGGCCAGGGGCUACCAGUGUGUUUGCCAGCCAGGUUUCGUGGGUCGGCACUGUGAGGUUCAGAGGAACCGCUGCUCCAGCAGUCCAUGUAAGAACGGCGGCCGCUGCCAUGCCUUGCUGGACAACUUCAUGUGUGUAUGUUCAAAAGGCUUCACUGGUGCAACGUGUGAGUUACAGAAUGAUCCUUGCAACCCAAACCCCUGUCAGAACAAGGCCCAGUGCCGCAACCUGAUGGGUGACUUCUACUGCAGCUGCCCAGAUGACUACGAGGGGAAAACCUGUUCAGAGCUCAAAGACCACUGCAAGACCAACAAGUGUCAAGUGAUUGACAGUUGCACUGUAGCUGUUGCAACCAACGACACCCAACAGCGGAUGUGGCACAUCUCGUCCAAUGUGUGUGGACCACACGGCCGCUGCAUCAGCCAACCUGCCGGGAACUUCAGCUGCUCCUGUGAUCCGGGAUUCACAGGCACCUAUUGCCAUGAGAACAUUAAUGACUGUGCCUCAUCCCCCUGUAAAAAUGGAGGCACUUGCAUUGAUGGGAUCAACUCCUUCCAGUGUUUCUGCCCAGAUGGCUGGGAGGGCAGCCUCUGUGAUGUUGAUGUGAAUGAGUGCGGCAGAAACCCCUGUCAGAACGGAGGCCAGUGUGUCGACUUGCUGAACGACUUCUACUGCAAAUGCGUAGACAACUGGAAGGGAAAAACCUGCCACUCACGUGAGAGCCAGUGCGACUCCAAUACCUGCAGUAAUGGAGGCACAUGUUACGACCAUGGCAACACCUUCCUGUGCAGCUGCCCCUCGGGGUGGGGGGGCAGCACCUGUAACACAGCUAAGAACAGUACCUGUGACUCGGGUCCAUGUGAGAAUGGAGGAACAUGUGUUGGUGCGGGAGAUACCUUUACUUGCAUCUGCAUAGACGGCUGGGAAGGAUCCACUUGUGCACAAAAUGUUGAUGACUGCAAUCCACAUCCCUGCUACAACGGCGGCAUCUGCGUGGAUGGCGUCAACUGGUUUCGCUGUGAAUGCGCCCCAGGAUUCGCCGGACCGGACUGCCGCAUCAACAUAGAUGAGUGUCAGUCGUCUCCGUGUGCUGAAGGUUCAUCCUGCAUUGACGAGAUCAAUGGCUAUCGCUGUGUUUGUCCCCCAGGACAAGCUGGACCUCGCUGUCAGGAGUUCAUCGGUCUUGGGAAGUCGUGUCGUCAUGCUGACCUUCAGUAUCCUCAUGGCAGUCGGUGGGAUGAGGAGUGUAACACCUGCCAGUGUGUCAACGGGAAUGUUCACUGUUCCAAGGUGAGAUGUGGUCGUCGGCCCUGCAUCCUCCAGAAGGCUCUUCCACCGGCGGACACAAACCCUCAGUCCUGUCCUGGAGGUCACGAGUGUGUUGAGCAUCAGUUCCUAACCUGCUUCUCACCGCCCUGUCAUCAGUGGGGUGUGUGUUCAACACCAGACCCCCCCACGCCUCUGCAGACCCAGUGUGAGCCUAACAGUGGUUACCUAGACAACAACUGUGCUCACAUCACACUCAUCUUCAAAAAGGACAAAGUGCCACAGGGCACCACUGUAGAGAACAUCUGCUCGGAGCUACGGUACCUCCCUGUGACUCGGACAUUGGCCGAGGAGCGAGCACUGCUUAUUCUCUGUGACCUCUCCUACUCCUCUAGUGAUGCUGUGGAGGUUGCCAUGUCUUAUGAACAGGACGGACGGUCGAAGGACAGUGACUGUGGACAGAUCCAGAAUGCGGCUAGUGCCAUCACUGGUGCGCUGUCCAAACGCCACAACAGCAGCGUCAUUCUGGCCGUGGUGGAAGUCAAGGUGGAGAUGCAGGUGGAGUGCACUCCUGUUGGUUACCUGGUUCCUGUGCUGUGUGUUGUCUUCAGCCUUCUCUGGAUCUUCUGCAUUGUCGUUUGCAUUUGGUGGACCCGUAAGAGGAAGAAAGAGCGUGAGAGAGCAGCCCAAUCUGAGGAGACCACGGUCAACAACCAGCUGGAGCCUCUGCGGAGCAAUGCCAUCAAGGACAACCGCGACAAAGACAUUCAUUACGAAUGCAAGAAACUGAUGGGCCCCUCCGACAGGACGUGUGAUGGGGCUGAGGGUGAGGAAGAAGGAGAACGUGAGGGGGAUCAUGAGGAGGAUGAGGAGCGGGCACUUGGCAUGGGAGAUAAGUGUCCAGCUCAAAAGUGCUCUAUCGUGGGGGUGCAGGACAGGGGGCUGAUGGUUAAAGGAGUGGUGAUCUGCACAACGCGCAGCGGUCCAGUUAAGGGGCCACACCGGACAACGUACAGCCCCAAAGACAAUCGGUGUAAAAACCUCAACGCCACCAAGCUCAGCGAGGACGUUAAAGACCAGUAUGUGUGAACACCGGGAGGACAGACAGAGGCAAAUUCAAUGUCACCGAAUUUUUUGCAACAGUUGAAAGCACCAAAAUUGAAGAUUACAGAUGCUUUAAUUUUAUAAUUGUUGUUUGUUUGUCACACCUUAUUUAAAUUCUUUGUCUGCUGCACAGAGGCUUAUAUAUGGGUAGGCUUAUGUUACCCCCCACCCAAAAAAAAAAAAAAAAAAACUGAAAAAAAGCAUGGAAAGAUAACGCAGAAAAACAACAACGAUGGCAUGGAAAAAAAGAAUCACUCCAUCCACAGGAUUUCAGUUUAACCACCACACUGUUGAGUUUUUCGUUUAUCUCUUUUUUCUGUUUACAAACACUGUCGUGUUACUUCAUGAUUGAACACUUUGCUGUUUUCUUUGGAUCUUUGAGAUUUAAUCAAUCACUGGCUGGCAGCUGUUAACAUUAUUUCUACUGUCUGCCUUAGCCCAAACCUGCGGGCCUUUUCUACACUGUCUCGAAAUCUUAUUUUUUGUUUAAAAAAAGAAAAAUGAAAAAAGAAAAAAAAAGUUUUCUAUACAUUUAGUUUGGUCUUUUUUUAUGUUGGCGCGGAGAAUCCACUGUGUGAUGCCUGGCAUGAGAAUUUUUUUGUUUACAUUUAUAAAUACCUUUUCCAUUUUGUGUUAAGGCUUCAAGGUUCUUACUUCUUUGCUUUCAAUAUAAUUAUCGCCGCAGUUUGCAAGUCUACAUGGUCAUUCUUCAGUAUUUGCUUUUGUAAAAAAAAAAAAAAAAAGUGCCUUCAGCCCUUUUGUCCUCUUUUUUUCUC